AGAACAUCUUUUCUAAAAGACUUCUCUAGAGGCAUCCAGAAUCACUCCUAAAAACUUGAAACCCAAACUCCCUCCAGGAUGUACCUCAGUGCUGCAAAUCACCGCAUACCCCUAAGUGAUGGAAACAGCAUUCCUAUCAUCGGUCUUGGGACCUACUCAGAACCUAAACUGGACUGAUGAAACAGAGGCUAGAACUACCUGUGCCCAAGUCAGCCACCAUGAAAUAAAGACCCCUAAGGGGACCUGUGCAAAGUCAGUGAAGAUUGCCAUUGACACAGGAUACCGGCACAUCGAUGGGGCCUACAUCUACCAAAAUGAGCAUGAAGUGGGGGAGGCCAUCAGGGAGAAGAUAGCCGAAGGAAAGGUGCGGAGGGAGGAUAUUUUCUACUGUGGAAAGCUGUGGGCUACAAAGCAUGACCCAGAGAUGGUCCGCCCAACCCUGGAGAAGACACUUAGCGUCCUCCAGCUAGAUUAUGUGGAUCUUUACAUCAUUGAAAUACCCAUGGCUUUCAAGCCUGGAGAUGAAAUCUACCCUAAAGAUGAGAAUGGCAAAUGGUUAUAUCACAAGUCAAAUCUGUGUGCCACUUGGGAGGCUUUGGAAGCUUGCAAAGAUGCUGGCUUGGUGAAAUCCCUUGGAGUUUCCAAUUUUAACCGCAGGCAGCUGGAGCUCAUCUUGAACAAACCAGGACUCAAACAUAAGCCAGUCAGCAACCAGGUUGAGUGCCAUCCGUAUUUCACCCAGCCAAAACUCUUGAAAUUUUGCCAACAACAUGACAUUGUCAUUAUUGCAUACAGCCCUUUGGGGACUUCUAGGAAUCCAACCUGGGUGAAUAUAUCUUCCCCACCUUUGCUAAAGGAUGAACUUCUUAAUGCACUGGGGAAAAAGUACAAGAAGACAGCAGCUCAAAUCGUUUUGCGUUUCAACAUCCAGAGAGGAGUGGUUGUUAUUCCUAAAAGCUUUAACCCUGAAAGGAUCAAGGAAAACUUUCAAAUCUUUGACUUUUCUCUCACUGAAGAAGAAAUGAAGGACAUUGAGGCCUUGAAUAAAAAUGUUCGCUUUGUGGAGAUGCUCAUGUGGUGUGAUCAUCCUGAGUACCCAUUUCAUGAUGAAUACUGACUUCAGAAUGCUCCUGAAUUGAUUUUUCCCUCCCAUGCAUGCCAGAACCUUGGGUUGGGUGGUUCCUCCAGAUGUAGAAAUUUAAAAAGUUUUACUCUCUUUAGAUAAAGUGAUGACGUUAACAUGCUUAAGUUUUGUGCCACGUAAAUGACUUUGGCUUAGAUAUGUAAAGAAAAAAAAUAUGUUUAAAUCUGUUGAAAUAAUUAUUUGUAAACUAUAAGCUUGGAUCAAGGCCUUCUGGGUUCCAGAUAGAAAAAUAUUAGGCUUUAGAAAGGACUUCAGAGGCAAUGUGUGAAGAUAAAUAACUCUUGAAUGUGAGCACUGCCAUUGGCAGUCUGAGUUCCUUACUUUAAGCAGUAAACUGGGCAACAAAGAGGGUGGUAAAGUAGUGCUUGCCUGUGCUAGCAGUGACCUUGAUGAUUUGGACCAUUGACUGUAACACAGACACAGCCAAGAUAAGAUCCACACUUGAAUUAUUAACAAGGACAUGAUUUCCUGCACCUUGUAUAAUGAGAAAGAGCUAAGCAUAGAAAAGUCUUAAUAUAGAGCUAAUUCAACAAUCACAGUGGUCAGCAAGGACAUAAUGACUUGGUUGUUGUUUGUUUCCAUCCCAUGUGUGUUCGUUUAGCUUUUACCCACUCUAAGGGAUGGUUAAUGGCUAGCUCUCUCUUGCAUGCUUUCAAGGGCCUGAGCAUAAACAACUGGUGAUCCAUACUUACACUGCCUAUCACUCUUGCCUUACUCAUCAUACAACCACUAUUAUAUGAAGUAGCUUGAGACAGUCAACAUACACAAAUAAAACUCUGAAUCAUAAAAUAAUCCAAAGAUGACUAUUUUUUUAAGUAGGUUCCAUGGUCAGUGUGGAGCCCAAUAUAGGGCUUGAACUCAUGACUCUAAGGUCAAGACCUGAGCUGACAUCAAGAGUCAGACAUUUAACUGACUGAGGCACCCAGGUGCCCCCAAAGAUAACUAUUUUAAAGGAAGGAAUUUUAAAAGGAGGUGUUGGGGCGCCUGGCUGGCUCACUUGGUGGAGCAUGUGACUUUUAAUCUCAGGGUUGAGUUCAAGCCCCAUGCUGGGUACAUAGAUUACUUAAAAAUAAAAUCUUUAAAAUAAAAAUAAAAUAAAAAUAGAAAGGAGGCUUCAUAAGAUAUUAGACUUAGGGGAUGCCUGGGUGGCUCAGCGGUUGGGCCACUGCCUUCGGCCCAGGGCGUGAUCCUGGAGUCCUGGGAUCAAGUCCCACAUCGGGCUCCCUGUGAAGAGCCUGCUUCUCCCCCUGCCUAUAUCUCCACAGCUCGCUCUCUCUCUGCAUCUCUCAUGAAUAAAUAAAUAAAUCUUUUUUAAAAAAGAUAUACUUAGGACUUUGAAAGUAUUAUUAGAAUAACUAUGUGAAUUUCAAGAAGUAGCAAGUUCUCAAAAGAACAUUGGUAAUUUUUUUAAAGAUUAUUUAUUUAUUCAUUCAUAGAGACACAGAGAGAGAGAGAGAGAGAGAGGCAGAGACACAGGCAGAGGGAGAAGCAGGCUCCAUCCAGGGAGCCCGACGUGGGACUCAAUCCAGGGUCUCCAGGAUCACGCCCUAGGCCGCAGGCGGCGCUAAGCCGCUGCACCACCGGGGCUGCCCAAACAUUGGUAAUUUUACUGCAUGUAAAUUUUUAAUUUUUGAGUAUGAAGAUUAUUAGAAUUCUGUUAUAGAGAUGUACCAAUUUUCAAUUCAACUAGAGCAAUGUAUUUUUUCAUUCAUAUUAAGUCACUCUCAUAGGGUAAGAGAGUUUUUCAAAAAUUAUGUUUUUCCAAGACCAAUUGCUUACAGAUGAUCUUCAGUGACCUGAAAACACACAUUUCUGAGAAAUCAGCACUUGAAGAAAAUUUGAUCUCUACUCUCUGUAUCUACUGAUUCUAAUGUAAUGCUGUUCUCUGGAAAAUAUUUUGCUUACAACAAAUAAUAAAAUGUGAUGAUUUAUUGAA